AUGUCUGAUUUGCUUACUUUGGGAGAAACACAUAGAGGAACAAGGGCGAAUGUGGCUGCAUAUGAUGAUUCUAAAAGGUUUAGACUACAUACUCAUCUAUUCGAUAGGGAGCCAAGUGAAUUUAUCAAGCCUUACUUGGAUAGAGCCGGUUUUGGAGUUGUCGCCAAAAUCAACUUUCGAAGUGUCGAUUCCAAACUCGUAGUUGCGAUGCUUGAGAGAUGGAGGCCCGAGACACACACGUUCCAUUUGCCAACCGGUGAAUGUACAAUAAUGCUAGAGGAUGUAAGUAUGUUGUUUGGCCUCCGCAUAGAUGGGAGGGCUGUAGUAGGUGAAACCAAAGGACCUAAUUAUGCUUGUCUCGAUGCUUUAUGCAUAGAACCUUUUGAUGGACCUGAUAGGGUGAAGGGUUCGGUAAAAUUGACAUGGAUCCACGACGAGUUGGAUGAGUUAGAAAAAAUUCCUCAACCAACCGAGGAGCAAAAUAUUUUACAUGCAAAAUUAUAUAUCUUAAGCAUGAUUGCAGUUUUAUUUCCUGACAAAUCUCAUAAUGUGUUGCAUUCUUCUUGGUUCAAAUUUGUCAAAGAUCUUAAUGAAUGCGGCAAAUAUAGUUGGGGGUCUGCGUGUUUGUGUUACCUUUACAGGGAGUUGUGCAAAGCAUGUCAUGUAGACGUCAAGAGUGUUGCAGGCUGCUCACUCCUUCUCGCUGUGUGGGCCUACUAUCGCAUUCCACGACUUGCUCCAAGGAGUGAAAUUGCUCCAUCUUAUCCAUACGCCGUUAGAUUUGCACAACGAGAUAUGGAGUAUUUCGUAUCUCCGAAUACUUAUCUAGAUGGAUAUCGUUUCAUUUUGGAUCACAUGGUCGUUGGAGAUUUUUUGUGGAGGCCUUACGCAAAAUAUCCACGUUGUGUUCAACGAGAAGCUCGGGCGUGGAGUGCAACUACCUAUAUUAUUUGUUUUCAUAUGGUGGAAAUGCAUCAUGCUGACAGGGUUAGGCUUCAAUUUGGAUUUACUCAAGACAUCCCUCAACCCCCGAGAUGUCUUGAAGAUCACCACGCAAUAACAAAGAAGGAUGUAAGGGAUGCUGCUUAUACUGUUUUGAACAUUCAUGAGAACAACGAGUAG